AUGGCUGCUGAGCUGGGUGCAAGUGCAGCUUUGGGUUUCCAGCUCCAAGUGCCACUACAGCAGCCCCCAAUGAAAAUGGAGGAGCAGAACCCAGUCAGCCCCAAGCCAGGGGAGAGAGCAGAAGGGGCAGAAAAAGCCCUUUGUGUCAUCCAGGCCGGUACCAUUGGGGGGCUACUGAAAUGGGCAGCACCACGAUGGGUCAAGCAGGAGCCACAGGAAGAGCCAGCCACCCUCCAUGGGGAUGACACUCACAUAGAGACGCGGCGUCAGCGCUUCAGGCAGUUCCACUACCAGGAAGCCAAGGGGCCCCAGGAGGCUUGCAGCCACCUUCAGGAGCUCUGCCAUGGCUGGCUGGAGCCGCAGAGCCGCACCAAGGAGCAGAUCCUGGAGCUACUGAUCCUGGAGCAGUUCCUGACCAUCCUGCCGGAGGAAAUGCAGAGCUUGGUCUGGGAACGUGGCCCUGAAACCUGUGCCCAGGCGGUGGCCCUGGCAGAGGGGUUCCAGCUGAGGCAGCCAGAGUUUGAGGGGCGAGGGCUACAGAACAGGCAAAGGAUGACUCACCAGUAA